GUUGGAUAUGUUUUGAACAAAUUUGCACAUCGAGCCGUCACCGAUGCUGGAAUACAUAAAAAAAAGGAGUCAGAGCGCGUGCAUUGCAUAAUCAUGCGGCUUUUUUUCACGUGAGAGUAUCAUAGAGUGAGUUCGCCUUGCUCUGCAACUGCUUAUUGUAUAUUAUUGUUGGCAGAGAGUUUCGUCCAAGGAUAAUAACAAUAAUAGUAAAAACAAAAUUGUUCCGGAGUCUCUGGAGUGUGUGUGUGCGCGCUCUCGUGUAAAAUACAGAAAUAGAUAAAUAGGAUAGGAUGGAAGAUCAGGUCGUCGCUCUGCGAGAAAAUCUCGUAAACACAGCCGUCAAGUUUUUGCAAAAUCCAAAGGUAGCUACUAGUCCUUCAAGUCAGAAACAAGAGUUCCUUAGGCGCAAAGGAUUGACAGAUGUUGAAAUUCAGAGGGCAUGUGAACUUGUGGCAGCAAAUCCAGUACCUACGGGGGAUCACAGUAUUGUAAAUGUACCACCGAAUCAUCCAUACUUGAAUUAUCCACAGCAAGUGGUUCAGUCAAGUUUGUUUUAUAAAGUUAAAGAGUUGUUGAAUGGAGUGGUGUUGUUUGCAGCGAGCUGUUACUGUGUAUACUGGUUUUACAAGAAAGUUAUCAUUAGAUUUUUAUUUGGUGAUAAGAAAAAAGAUGCCAAGGAUCCUGCUGUUGAAUUGGACAAAAAUAUCCAACAGGUGAAGGAAUCCAUAAAUCAAGUCAAAAGUGAUGUCCAGCAGCUGACACAAAACCAAAAUGAUCCGUCAGUACCUCAACUUGUACAAGAAUUGAAACAAGACUUGGCAAGUUUAAAGUCGCUUCUAUUGUCAAGGAAACAGUUUCCAAGUGCGCCAGCUUCCAUUCCUCCUUGGCAAUUAGAAGCGUCAAGUCAAGGCCAAGAGAAAACUACUGAAAGAGAAGAUGACGCCGGUAGUGGUAGCAGUACCAAUAAUUCCGAUAGUUCUUUAGAAAUGAUUCGAGAGGAUCCUCCCAAAGAAUGAAAUUGCUGGACUGUUUUAAAAUAUGGACUAUUCUCUUUUAUUUUAGCAUUUUCAUUGAGUAAUGAUUGCUAUUCCAGAGAAAUACACAAGAUUGUGCGACACAAAUGAUAAUAAAGGAGUGAAACUUGUUUUCUAGUUUGAGAUAUUUUAUACGUGUGAACUGGGUGUGUUAUAAAAAUAAGUGUUGGGCUAUGUUUUUUUUUUUUUUUUUUUUGAAUUAUGCAUAUCUGUCUUAUUGAUAAGAAAUGUAUUCCAAUACUUUGUGUUUUUCUUGACCAAAGGUAAAUUGGAAUAAAGAAAGUGGAAAAAAAUAAAA